AUGUCUCGCGACAUGGGCCCUCCGGCCAAGCGACAGAAGGGCCCUGGGCACCUCCCAGCAGGCCUGCGAGACGCCAAACGAAAGGAUAUCGACAACUGGGAGACCAAUCGUAUGCUCACUUCUGGUGUAGCGCAACGACGCGACCAUGAGGGCGACUUCAACGUGGACGAUGAGGAGGCCAACCGUGUACAUUUGCUUGUCCACGACCUUCGCCCGCCUUUCCUGGAUGGCCGCACGAUCUUUACAAAGCAGUUGGAACCGAUCUCCGCUGUUCGGGACCCACAGAGCGAUCUGGCCGUGUUCAGUCGCAAAGGAAGCAGGGUUGUUCGAGAACGCCGACAGCAACGCGAGCGACAGAAGCAAGCGCAGGAAGCAACAAAUGUCGCGGGAACAGCCUUAGGAAAUGUCAUGGGUGUGAAGGAAGACGAGGGAGACAGUGCGGUUGCUAUGCCUGUCGAGGAUACAUACAAAGGUGGAGGCAACAAAUUUGCGAAGCAUUUGAAAAGGACGCUGGCGGCGCCAACCAUGCGCGAACAGAGGGAGUUCCUACCUGCCUUUGCUGUGCGCGAAGAUCUGUUGAGAGUUAUUCGAGACAAUCAAGUCGUUGUCGUCGUUGGAGAGACCGGUUCCGGAAAAACUACGCAGUUAACACAGUUCCUGCAUGAGGAUGGUUACUCCAAGCACGGUAUGAUUGGGUGUACACAACCUCGUCGUGUUGCUGCUAUGAGUGUCGCAAAGCGUGUCAGCGAAGAAAUGGAGGUUGACCUCGGCAGCACCGUCGGAUACGCUAUUCGUUUCGAGGAUUGUACCAGCGACGAAACAGUCAUCAAAUACAUGACGGACGGUGUGCUAUUACGAGAAUCUCUAGUUCAAACUGACCUCGACAAAUACUCGUGCAUCAUCAUGGAUGAGGCUCACGAACGAGCCCUCAACACCGAUGUUCUCAUGGGACUCUUGAAGAAGGUCCUCGCCCGGCGACGAGACCUUAAGCUUAUUGUUACAUCUGCCACUAUGAACUCGGAACGUUUUUCCCGCUUCUACGGCGGUGCCCCCGAAUUUAUCAUCCCCGGAAGAACAUUCCCUGUCGAUCUUCACUUCUCACGCACACCCUGUGAAGAUUAUGUCGACAGUGCGGUCAAGCAGGUGCUGGCUAUUCAUGUCUCUCAAGGCCCCGGUGACAUUCUUGUCUUUAUGACUGGUCAGGAAGACAUUGAAUCAACCUGCGAGCUGGUCGAUGACCGCCUGAAACAGUUGAACGAUCCACCAAAGCUCAGCAUUUUACCCAUCUACAGUCAAAUGCCUGCUGAACAGCAAGCCAAAAUUUUCGAAAAGGCUGAUCCGGGCGUGCGGAAGGUCAUUGUUGCCACGAACAUUGCCGAAACCAGUCUGACAGUUGACGGUAUCAUGUACGUCGUGGACGCAGGCUACUCAAAACUGAAGGUCUACAACCCACGUAUGGGUAUGGACACCCUCCAAAUCACGCCAAUUUCACAGGCCAAUGCAAACCAGCGAUCUGGACGUGCCGGACGAACUGGUCCUGGUAAGGCAUAUCGUCUGUACACAGAGACGGCCUACAAGAACGAACUAUACAUCCAGACAAUCCCCGAGAUCCAGCGUACCAGUCUUGCCAACACGGUGCUAUUGUUGAAGUCGCUUGGAGUGAAGGACCUUUUGGACUUUGACUUCAUGGAUCCACCGCCACAAGAAACAAUCUCUACCUCCUUAUUCGAGCUGUGGUCACUAGGUGCCCUAGACAAUUUGGGUGAUCUCACACCACUGGGUCGUCAAAUGACUCCAUUCCCAAUGGACCCUACUCUCGCCAAGUUGAUCAUUAUGGCUGCGGAAGAAUAUGAAUGCAGCGAAGAAAUGUUGACCAUCGUGGCAAUGCUCUCAGUUCCAAAUGUCUGGUAUCGCCCGAAGGAGCGAAUGGAAGAAUCUGACUCCGCGCGCGAAAAAUUCUUCGUCCCAGAAUCCGAUCACUUGACUCUCCUUCACGUCUACACCCAAUGGAAAACCAACGGCUUUUCCGACUCAUGGUGCAUCAAGCACUUCCUACACGCCAAGACUCUCCGUCGCGCAAAGGAAGUCCGCGAUCAACUCCACGACAUCAUGAAUGCACAGAAAAUGCCUCUCAUCAGCUGUGGUACAGACUGGGACAAUAUUCGCAAAUGCAUUUGCUCAGGCUUCUACCACCAAGCCGCGCGAGUGAAAGGUAUCGGAGAGUUCAUCAACCUGCGCACGAGCGUGACAAUGGCUCUCCACCCCACAAGUGCCCUUUACGGUCUCGGUUAUGUGCCUGAGUUCGUCGUCUAUCACGAACUGAUCCUCACUGCCAAAGAAUACAUGUCCACGGUGACUGCUGUCGACCCACAUUGGCUCGCUGAACUUGGAGGUGUCUUCUACUCCGUCAAAGAAAAGGGUUACUCAAAGCGGGACCGCCGCGUUACGGAACUCGAGUUUAACAAGCGCAUGGAAAUCGAAGCGCAGAUGGCCGAGGACCGCGAGCGCGCAGCUGCUGAAAAGCUACGUGAAGAGGAGCGCAAUGAUCCCGCACGUCGGAAGACCGAAGUUGAAGUUGGUGGGAAAACUGCGGUUCGUCGGCCUGUCAUCAGACCUAGGGGUAAGGUCGGUGGCUUGACUGCUUCUUCAUCCUCGUCCUCGCGGCCAAGUCCCGGUGGGGGUGCUAGCACCCCUCGUGGCGGAAGUGUUGUCAAGAGGCCUUCCGUGAAGAGGAGACCUGGUACUCUUUAA